AUGUUUGGCAACUCUUCAAUCUCUGCCACAUCAUCUCUGUCCUCACUGACUUCGGAGAGUUCAGAUGUUAUGUUCUCCUCCCAGUCGAAUACGGCAGCUGCAGGUAACAGGAGCGAGCAAAGAUUGACUUCCGAAUUACGAUUUGGUCGAUGGAUUGAACGGGAAACUUCUUCGGUUGAUGCAGAUGACACCAUUGAUAAUGGUUACGAUGUCCCAAUGGGUGGUUUCAGAUGGGACGCUUCGGGACAAGAGUUGUCAGCUUCACAUUUUCCCGUAGAUCCAGCAGAUUUUGAUCUUAUCGAAGUCCCAACUGACAACGAGUCACCGCCAUAUUCUUCACUUGAUCCCAUACGGACUAUCCAAAAUUCCCAACCAAAUUCAUAUACAAACUGCCUCAUACCCAAUACACCAUCCGGCCAUCCUCCCCUGUCUGUUUCCAGGUCGAACGUUAACUUCGACUCCUUUUUAUCUGGUCCUCGUUGCCCUUCCGCUGAAAGCGAAACAACACCAACCAAGCCUUAUUCGGGUACUAAUCCAGCACAUGCAGCCUUGCCUUCCUUAAUCCGAAAUUCCUGUGGUAUUCCACGAGAAACUGCACAGUCCCAUUUACUCAACCGAUAUCCUGUUCAUCCCACUCCACCCCGCAAUCAUUCCGGAUUCAACUUGGAGGAGCACAGUAACGACACAGAUCAGCCCACUCUUCUUGAGUUGACCGGCGAUGUACGGACAGUAGACAUGCAGGCACUGGAUCAAUUACCGAUUAGAACCUGGUUACUCUGA